UACAAAUUCAGAGAAUCAAAUUGAAGAUACUAGUUGUUUGCUUCCAUGAAGAGACUAUAAAUUUGAGACAAGGGCCACAACUUACUCACAAAGCAAACAGACUCAGAAUUUACCAAGAUAUCAUCUUGUUACUACAGUCUACUGCAAUAAUGAAAGUAAUUUGUGUUCUAAUGCUACUCCUGUGUGCCUGCAAGGCAUUUGGAGAAGGACCAGCUAAUGACCUGGACAACUUUGAAGGAUUUGUGCAGCCAGAAGAAGAACAAGGAUUUGAGCAGUUUGAUGAAUUGAAUAGUGAAGUCAAUAACAAUAAUGAAGAAUUCAAUGAAGCUGACUAUAUGAACCAGAAUGAAGAACAGAAUGAGAUUGACUCAGAGGAAGCAGAGGAUAGUUCUAUUGAUGGUGAAAAUGUUUCUAAAGAAACCUUUGAGCAAGUAAUGAGCAAAUCCUAUGAUGAGACAGCUAAUGCACCAGCAAUGCAAGGAAACAUAAACAGGACAGUCUGUUACUUGAGAAUAUGCGCUUGGGUCACAAAGAAAAUCAGGCAGUAUUACCCAGUUUCUACCAAGCACAACUACACUCAGCACUACCCAGUCACUGUGAAGGUCCCCAUCAAAAGCCAUUAUGCUUGUGGACAGACGCCAUACAAUGUCACCAGGCCCUACCAAGUUAAAGUCCCACAUAACAAGAAGACAUGCCAUGUCUACCAUGGACACAAGUAUUGCUCACACAAAACCAUCUACGAGUGGGAAACCAAGUUCCGUACCUUCACCCUCUACAAGCCUAAGAUGUGUACCAAGAGCUCCUUCAAGAUCACCAUCGUCUACAAAGUCAGGACACUCCCUGGAAAAAAGACCAUCUACAAGUAUCGUCUUGCAACAAUCAAGAGGUACAUCUGCUCCUACAAAGUUGGCAGCUACUACAAUCCUGGUGGCUGGAAAUAAGCCGAUCGUUCUGAUAAAGAGAACAAGAACUGAACAUUUUUAAGUGUCGUUAUUUUUUAGGAUUUUUGUAGUGAGAUGUAUUGUUUUCAGUUUAUAUUUUAAAAAGAAAUUGAUUUCUUAAAAUUUUGUCAAUUUCGUAAAAUUUUGAUCAUUUUAAGCCAAGCAAUACUUUAAAAUAUGAA